GGGACCCAGGAUAAAGACGCAGAAUCACACAGGAGAAGCAUUACAGGAUAAAUAGCAGUGACAGAGGUAGGAAGGUUCUGCUGCUGGAUAAGGACUCUGGACCUGGAGUUCCCUCAAGAUGCCACUCCUUGCUCAUGCUUUGUUGCUACUGCUACCACUCUGCCAAAUGGUAGUUUGUGGCCCAACUUCACCCAGUGAGAAUGGCACACAGUCACUGGAAACAAGCAGCAGAAUCUUUGUGGGCAACGACAGUGUCAAUCUCACCACAACUGCCCCCGUCUUGACCACCAACCAGUCUACAAGAUCCCUGAUCCCUGAGGUCACAGGCAACCGCCAAAGCACAAGAGAGCGCCUGUUGUACGUCACUGACGAUGGAUGGGAUGAUUAUUAUUGGGAUAGUCCAGACAAUUUUGACGAAAAGUCUACUACCAAACCUCCACCUGCCCCUCAGACCCCCUGCCCUUAUGACCGCUGCAAACACUUGGAACCUGAAUGUGAAGAAAUACAAAGGAAGGCAGGUGGCAACUGCCUUUGCCCUGGGUUGAAUGGACCUACAAUAGCACCUGAUUCUCCCCGCAUAGCAGAAGUCAUUCCUGGUGACAAAGAGAUUAGUGUUGCCUGGUGCUCCCCCAUGUCCACUGUGCAUGGUUAUAGGGUGCUGUAUGGGGCCCCUGAUAGUUUGCUGGAAAGGGGACCCAUCCUUAACAAUACAUAUAGAUUGUAUGCCAUUGAGAAUCUCCUGCCAGGUACCUCUUACAGAGUGUGUGUAGUAGCAUUUAAUGGAGCAGGGGAAAGUCCAGUAAAUGGUGGGGAAGUAGAGGAGGAUGAUGGAUGGGAGACAGGUACACUGGGUCCCUGCAGGGUCCUCCAUACCUCCAGCUCAUCUAAGUCACAUAUUUACUUGGGAAUAGGGGUGGGACUGGCGAUUCUGGCUGUACUGGGACUGGCUGUUUUAGGUUAUUUUCUGUGGAAAAGAAAAAAAGGCAACAUGAAGGUAUUCGGAGGGGAGGAAAUGGGAAUUAGAAACCAAUCCUAUAGGGCUGAAAGCAUGGAUAAGCUGUAAAUUACAUAAUGAGAAAUAUGGAAAGAUAUUUGUAUGUAAUAUGUAUAUUUCACUUAUGCCUAUUGAAUGUUUAUAUAUUUAUUAUUUAUUUAUUGGAAUAAACAUCUAUUUUUCUACAA